AAGUACUCAUUGAUAUGUCAUGUUGGGUUAUUUUUUACUCAUAAAAGCUUUCAAGCUAUUUCUACUAGUAUUGGACCCUGUUUUUUCGUAUUAUUUUCCGGGUUUAGUCUCAUCUCAAAAAUGAGUGACAAGUACAACCAGUUGAUGAAGCUCAUCAUUGUUGGUGAUAGUGGAACUGGUAAGUCUUCUUUGCUGAAUCGUUUUGUUAAAGAUUCUUUUUUUGAGGAUCAAACACAAACAAUUGGUGUCGAGUUUGGGUCGAAGGUAGUUGAACUGGAUAACAGAAAAGUUAAACUUCAAAUUUGGGAUACUGCAGGCCAAGAGCGGUAUCGAUCUGUAACUCGUAGCUAUUACCGAGGUUCAAUGGGCUGCCUUAUCGUUUACGAUGUAACCGAUCGUGCUACAUAUGAAAGCGUACCAAUUUGGCUUGAGGAUGUCAGAAGACUUUCCGAGAUCAAUGUUUCUAUUGUUCUUGUGGGUAAUAAAACCGACCUUAUAAAUGAAAAGCCUCGUGCUGUUUCAUACAUCGAAGCCGCAUCGUAUGCCCAAAAAAACGAUCUUACCUUUUUCGAAACUUCAGCAGUUUUAGGGGAUUUAGUUCCUGAAAGCUUUCUAAAUGUCACAAAAAAAGCAAUACAAUAUUUUAAACCAUCGAAUACGUUUGAUGCUAUAAACCCAGUUGAUAUUUCCAGAGAAGUAAAAGGAAUGAGAAGUGCUUGCUUUUGUUGAAAUGAAAUGGGUAUAUUUCUUUUAUUUUCAAAAAAUUCCAAAGUUUAAAUAAAUUUUAGAAUUCUUUGGAGUUUAACUUUUCCUAUCAUUUGAUUUCCAUUCAAUUACUUAUCAAAA